AUGUUUCUGCCAAUAUGUCCAACAUUUGUACGAAAUUUGUCACAUUUAUUUUUUCCAGAAAUUGAUGAUGGUUUACACUUCGUACCAAAGCCACAAUAUAUUAUUGAUGAAAAUGCAAUUAAAGAAUUCUUUUUGUUUGCCGAUGGUGUUGUUGUUUUUUGGGGCAUCAAUCAUAUUGAGCGUAGCCAAAUAAUGGAUAUUUUGUCACAGUAUGUAGAAUUACCGUAUGAAGCAUCGGUAGUUCUCGAAGAAACUGAUACGUUAUCAUUUCGUAUGGUGAAAGAAGGUGAAACACGGAUGAAAGGCGAACAAUUGCUGCUCAAUUUUGCCAAUUAUUUGGAUGGACAUUUUUCAUCAUUAGCAACUUUGGAGCGAUUUGCUUUUUCGCAUGGAAUGGCUGCAUCAGGUAUGCUUGACAUUCACGAAUUCCUUCUUGUUUGA